AUGCAUUUAAUAGGAGAGGAAUAUGAGACAAUAGCAACGAGACGUCCAAGGCGUGCGGCGACUCAGAGUGUCUCUUAUCAGACAAAACCUGCUCGUGCCAUAAGAACAACUCGCUCUUCAACACGUAAACGAUCACAACCAGCAACAUCACCUCCACCUUCACCACCUUCACCGCCUUCACCUGUCGAAAUAAGUGUAAAAAAAGUUGAUGCACCUGAUAAGGAAACAAAACAAGAACCUUAUUCAAUGGAGAUUGAUGAAUCUAAACAGGAACAAUCUCAUCCAACUAGAAUUCGUCUUAGAUUACAUUCACCCGAACGUAGUACAUCACCUGUUUCCGAAAAACCAAUAAAACGAAAACGUAAAGCUGGUCGACCACGUAAGAAUGAAUCAAGUCAUCGAAUUACUUUAUCUACUGGUAAUCACAAGAAAGUUAAGGGAUUAUCACACUCAAUAGAAGAUGCGGAUGAGGCGGACAAUGAAAUGGAUGAUCGAUUACAAAAAAAUAAUGAUGAUGAUCAAUCAACUAUAAAAAAUGAAGAAGUUACAUCUAAAGAAGAUAAAUCUAAGGAAGGGAAUAAUAUGAAACUAGAUGUAGACAGUGAAGAAAAUGAAAUUAUAGAUGAAAAAGGUGAACAAAAAAUUACAAAAGAUGGGGAACUCUUAGGAGGGAGAAAAUAUAAAGUCCCCGUCUUCCAAUUAGAAUCACGUGAAUCUACCUUAUACAUGUGUUCUAUGGAGCCAGCAAAAUGUUUGGGUUUUCGGGAUAGUUAUUUGUUUUUCUCAAAAAAUCCUUCCUUAAAACGUAUCUCUGCAACAGAUGAGGAACGUGAAUGGCUUGUUGCAAAUGGCUAUCUACCUUCCAAUUUUCGAAAUAGAGCAAUUACGAUAGUACGAUCCAAUUAUAUGCCAAAUCCUCGUGCUCUUAUAAGUGAAACUAAUUGGAUGUAUCAUGUAGCACUUUCAUGCCGUGAUUUUAAUAAUAGAUUAAAUAUCCAUCGUUCUGAAAAAACAAAGUUUUACGAUCCACAUACUAAUAACGAACAAAUUCCUCGUGACACUCAACCAACACGUAUUCAAGUUGAAAUGGUUUCUUCUCCUCAUUUUUAUAUAAGAAAGGGACAAACUACCACAAUAGAACCUGAAUUACAAUUUAAACCAAGAUUUAUAAAUCCUCUUGGAAAACUUACUACGGGGGUUACAGAAGUAUUACCUCCUGAUAUAAAAGAGAUAGUUGAAAAUAUGAAGAAAAAUGAAGAAGCUGCUGAAUGCAAAAUUGAGAACAA